AUGUUCCGCCUAUUAGAGAAAAGUGGGGAGAAAAAAAUCAAUCCAAACCGUCAUCACACUGAAUCAAUCUCCAACAUCAAAGAGAAGAAAUGGAGGAAUCAGGACCUUUCAGACCUCCUCGACACCCACCAGGACCAACCGACCGAAGUCAGACGUCGAGACCAGGUUAAGAUCAUCACCACUUCCUGGACCGAACACGCAGACGCUGCAAGCAGCACGCGUGCCAGUCGAGGCGGAAGUCCAAACGGCUUCACUUUAGGGCAUCGAGGACAUAGCAGUCAUCAGCAAGGGUGGAGAUUCUGUGGCUCUUUUAAAGAGCUUAAUGGUGGGACGUCUACUCUAAAGUGA